GUAUAAAAUCAGAAACAAUAUCCUCUACCGGCAUCAGUCUUCGGGCCAGCUUUCCAAUCACAGGAAGAUUCUUAAUAGAUCAUAAAACAAUUAAGCAGGCGAAAGGAAGCAGUGUAAUGGCGAAUCGAUUUGUAUUGACGUUUGGUUUGCUGCUGGUUGUUGUGGCAACGGUCGCAUCAGCCCGUUUUGUAGCGCCACGACGCCGUGCGCAGAUUGUUGGCGGUUUCCCGAUCGACAUCGCUGACGCACCGUUCCAAAUUUCGCUGCGAGAGGACGAACGCCCCAUCUGCGGUGGUUCGAUCAUUUCGCCAAACUGGAUCCUAACGGCUGCCCACUGCGUUGAUGGUGUGCCAGAGUCGAAGGUGUCCAUUCGGGCCGGCUCAACGUACAAGCAACAUGGAGGCGUUAUUCGCAACGUUAUACGCAUUGUGCUUCAUCCGGCUUGGGAUCGGACCACCAACAACGGUGACAUUGCGCUGAUGGAGCUGGAGGAUCCGCUGCCACUGGACGGUCAAACAAUCGCUUCCAUCCAAAUGCCCGAACAGGACGAGGAGGAUCCGGUGGAAGGGUCGAAGGCGAUGGUAACUGGCUGGGGCAAGACACUGAACGUUUACCACUCGAACCUGAUCCUGCGGGCCACCUUCGUGCCGAUCGUACACCGGGACAACUGCCAGAAGGCCUACCAUCGGAGCCACACCAUCUCGGAGCUGAUGCUGUGUGCGGGCUUUAUUGGUGGCGGUCAUGACUCGUGCCAGGGUGAUUCCGGUGGCCCGCUGGUGGUGGGUGAUCAGUUGGUGGGGGUGGUGUCCUUCGCUAUUGGAUGCGCUAGUCCAGGCUUCCCGGGCGUAAAUGCACGCGUUGCGGCCGUGCGCGAUUGGAUUCGUGAAGUAAGCGAUGUUUAAAUUGUGAACAUGAAAACAGUUUAACUGCUUUACUUGUGGUUUGAGAUGAUGAUCAUGAAGCAAAAAGAUUAAAUUAAAUAUAUUUAUUGUUUGCAAAGUUUA